CUGCAGGGCCGAGCCGGGGCGGUGGGUGGGCAGGCGUCUGUCUUAGCCUGCGCAUCUGCCAGCGCGCUGGCGGAGGUCCCCGGGGAUGCGAGCAGUGGCGGCUUGGCGGGCCGGGUCCGGAGCGCCGCGGAGGCCGGCCGCCUCCGCCCUCUGUGGCCCGGACCCAAUCUCCAGGGACUAAAAAUAUUGCCCGGAGGCUCCUGAGCGGAAUCAGAUCGCGUUAAGUAGGACGCAGGCUGAGGUGACAGAGCUUUUCAGCACCAGGGCCGGAAGAGCAGACUCCAGAACGCGGUCCCGCCCACGCGCGUUCAGGAGCUAGCGUCCUCCCUCCUCCAGCAGGAGUGUGCCUGGUGUCAGUAUGAAGCUGAAAAAGCAGGUGACAGUGUGCGGGGCUGCUAUCUUCUGUGUGGCCGUCUUUUCCCUGUACCUAAUGCUGGACCGAGUGCAGCAUGAUCCUGCCAGACACCAGAAUGGUGGGAACUUCCCCAGGAGCCAAAUUUCUGUGCUACAGAACCGGAUCGAACAGCUGGAACAGCUGCUGGAAGAAAACCAUGAGAUCAUAAGCCAUAUCAAGGACUCUGUGCUGGAACUGACAGCCAAUGCGGAGGGCCCACCAGCCCUGCUGCCCUACCACACAGCCAACGGCUCCUGGGCUGUGCUCCCCGAGCCCCGGCCCAGCUUCUUCUCUGUAUCCCCUGAGGACUGCCAGUUUGCUUUGGGGGGCCGGGGUCAGAAGCCAGAGCUACAGAUGUUAACUGUGUCUGAGGAUUUGCCGUUUGACAAUGUGGAGGGCGGCGUGUGGAGGCAAGGCUUCGACAUCUCCUACAGCCCAAAUGACUGGGAUGCUGAAGACCUGCAGGUGUUUGUGGUGCCUCACUCCCACAAUGAUCCAGGCUGGAUCAAGACUUUUGACAAGUACUACACGGAACAAACCCAACACAUCCUCAACAGCAUGGUGUCCAAGCUGCAGGAAGAUCCCCGACGGCGCUUUCUCUGGGCAGAAGUCUCCUUCUUCGCCAAGUGGUGGGACAACAUCAGUGCCCAGAAAAGGGCAGCAGUUCGAAGGCUGGUGGGAAAUGGGCAGCUGGAAAUUGCAACGGGUGGAUGGGUGAUGCCAGAUGAGGCCAACUCCCAUUACUUUGCCCUGGUCGACCAGCUCAUCGAGGGACACCAGUGGCUGGAGAGAAACCUGGGUGCAACUCCUCGCUCGGGCUGGGCAGUGGACCCCUUUGGACACAGCUCCACCAUGCCUUACCUGCUGCGCCGUGCCAACCUGACCAGCAUGCUAAUUCAGAGGGUGCAUUACGCCAUCAAGAAGCACUUUGCGGCCACUCACAGCCUGGAGUUCAUGUGGAGGCAGACAUGGGAUUCAGACUCCAGCACAGACAUCUUCUGCCACAUGAUGCCCUUCUACAGCUACGACGUCCCACACACCUGUGGCCCUGAUCCCAAGAUCUGCUGCCAGUUUGAUUUCAAACGUCUGCCGGGUGGGAGAAUCAAUUGUCCUUGGAAGGUGCCGCCGCGGGCUAUCACAGAGGCCAACGUGGCAGACAGGGCAGCCCUGCUCCUGGACCAGUACCGGAAGAAGUCCCGGCUGUUUCGAAGCAGUGUCCUCCUUGUGCCGCUGGGUGAUGACUUCCGAUAUGACAAGCCCCAGGAAUGGGAUGCCCAGUUCUUCAACUAUCAACGGCUCUUUGACUUCCUCAACAGCAAGCCGGAGUUCCACGUACAGGCACAGUUUGGGACCCUCUCUGAGUAUUUUGAUGCCCUGUAUAAGAGGACAGGAGUGGAGCCUGGUGCCCGGCCUCCAGGGUUUCCUGUGCUGAGUGGGGACUUCUUCUCCUAUGCUGACCGGGAGGACCACUACUGGACAGGCUAUUACACUUCCCGGCCUUUCUAUAAGAGCUUGGACCGCGUGCUAGAAACUCACCUUCGUGGGGCAGAGGUUCUAUACAGCCUGGCUUUGGCGCAUGCCCGCCGUUCUGGACUGACUGGCCAGUAUCCGCUGUCUGAUUACGCUGUCCUGACGGAAGCUCGUCGUACACUGGGCCUCUUCCAGCACCACGAUGCCAUCACCGGAACUGCCAAGGAGGCAGUUGUAGUAGACUAUGGGGUCAGGUUGCUGCGUUCCCUGGUCAGCCUAAAGCAGGUCAUCAUCAAUGCUGCCCACUACCUGGUGCUGGGGGACAAGGAGACCUACAGCUUUGACCCUAGGGCACCCUUCCUCCAAAUGGAUGACAGUCGAGUAAGUCACGAUGCCCUGCCUGAGCGCACGGUGAUCCGUCUGGACUCCUCACCCAGGUUUGUGGUGGUCUUUAACCCACUGGAACAGGAGCGGCUCAGUGUGGUGUCCCUGCUGGUCAACUCACCCCGAGUGCGAGUGCUUUCAGAGGAGGGUCAGCCCUUGUCUGUGCAGAUCAGUGUGCAGUGGAGCUCCGCCACCAACAUGGUCCCCGAUGUCUACCAGGUGUCAGUGCCUGUCCGCCUGCCAGCCCUGGGCCUGGGUGUGCUGCAGCUGCAGCCAGAUCUCGAUGGACCCUACACACUGCAGUCUUCGGUGCAUGUCUACCUGAACGGCGUGAAACUGUCUGUCAGCAGGCAAACAACAUUCCCUCUCCGUGUUGUGGACUCGGGCACCAGUGACUUCGCCAUCAGCAAUCGAUACAUGCAGGUCUGGUUCUCCGGCCUUACUGGGCUUCUCAAGAGCGUCCGACGUGUGGACGAAGAGCAGGAACAGCAGGUGGACAUGAAGCUCUUCGUCUAUGGAACCCGCACAUCCAAGGAUAAGAGUGGUGCCUACCUCUUCCUGCCUGAUAACGAGGCUAAGCCCUAUGUCCCUAAGAAACCUCCUGUGCUGCGCGUCACCGAAGGCCCUUUCUUCUCAGAGGUGGCUGCGUAUUAUGAGCACUUUCACCAAGUGAUUCGACUUUACAACCUGCCAGGGGUAGAGGGGCUGUCUCUGGACGUGUCGUUCCAGGUGGACAUCAGGGACUACGUGAACAAGGAGCUAGCCCUGCGCAUCCACACAGACAUCGACAGCCAGGGCACUUUCUUCACAGACCUCAAUGGCUUUCAGGUACAGCCCCGGAAGUAUCUGAAGAAGUUGCCCCUGCAGGCUAAUUUCUACCCUAUGCCAGUCAUGGCCUACAUCCAGGAUUCCCAGAGGCGCCUCACGCUGCACACUGCUCAGGCUCUGGGUGUCUCCAGCCUCGGCAAUGGCCAGCUGGAGGUGAUCUUGGACCGAAGGCUAAUGCAGGAUGACAACCGGGGACUAGGCCAAGGGCUCAAAGACAACAAGAUCACCUGCAACCAUUUCCGCCUCCUGUUAGAACGUCGAACCCUGAUGAGCCCUGAGCCUGGCUUUUUCUCCAAACUGGCAGCCAUGUUUAGGGGCUUGAUCUUUUCCAGCAACACAAUCAGGAACUCAAAGGUCCAACAGGAGCGCUCUACAAGCUACCCGUCCCUCCUCAGCCACAUGACUUCCAUGUACCUCAACACACCUCCUCUGGUCUUACCGGUGGCCAAGAGGGAGAGCACCAGCCCCACUCUGCACUCUUUCCACCCUCUGGCUUCUCCGUUGCCCUGCGAUUUCCAUCUGCUCAAUCUGCGCAUGCUCCCCGCCGAGGACACCUUGCCCGCGGCUGAUGCUGCUCUCAUCCUACACCGCAAGGGUUUUGACUGUGGCCUUGAAGCCAAGAACCUGGGCUUCAACUGUACCACAAGCCAAGGCAAGCUGGCCCUGGGGAGCCUCUUCCAUGGCCUGGAUGUGCUAUUCCUGCAGCCCACCUCUUUGACUUUGCUAUACCCUCUGGCCUCGCCCUCCAACAGCACUGACAUCUCUCUGGAGCCCAUGGAGAUCAGCACCUUCCGCCUGCGCUUGGGUUAGGUUAGGGCUUCUUGUGGCCUGAAGACGAAGUUCAUCCACAAAGACUGCCUCCUAACACCAAGACCGAGUUGGACCAGCCACACUGAGUAUCACAUUCUGCCUCAGAACUGACAGACCAUGCUCUGCCCUUACGUUGUCUAUUGCUGCUUCUGUGUUUGGGCCAGCCCUUACAUCAGCAGACGGCAGAUACAGUGGGACAGGGAGAGGAGGCCCUUCCCUUGGGUUGUAAGUAGCUGCCCAGCUGGGCACGGCUUAGGUUCCAUCCUUUUCCCACAAUGGGAUCUAGGAAGAGCGGGGACAAACAGAAGAGGUCAGGGAGGCUGAGGGGAACAACCUCGCACCAGGUGACUGGAGUUAUGACCGUGCUCUGUGGGGUGAUAGGGGCCCCACAGUGCUGGUAUGAGGGUACAGGUGCAGGGUGAUUCUGGGAGAUGAGGGGUAGGUACCUGUUAUUAGUGGAGUAAAGGCGUGGAGGAGUCCCUGUUUCUCCUGAGAGCCUAAAGGCUUUGUUGCUCUCUGUUCUGGCUCUGCUCUAAGUGCUGCUGGGCCUUUAUGCCCUGGCUAGGGGCUGCUGGGUGGCAGGAAGGGCUUGCUGGACACUCCAGGCCGAGGCCACAGAGCACUUGAGGUAUUCGUGCCAGUUUUCAGCUGCUCAUUUGGUGUUGAUUUGUGGCAGGGUAGGGAGUGUCUCCACCUGACCUGCUUCUUUAUCUCACACACCAGUCUCCCUACAAGUUCCCAUUGCCGGGACCCUGGCAGUGUUCCUUUCCCUAGAAGGGAAACGGAGCUUCCAAGACCCCUAUGCUUGGGCAUCUUGGGAAAGCAAUCCCAUGCUGGAUCCCCCGGCAGGUUCACCGUGUUCCAUCUGCCCGGUGUGUGGACAAGGAAGACAGAGAUAAAAUUAGGAGGCAUGUGCUUCGAUGAGCCUCCGGUUUUGCUUCACUCGAUAGAGAAUCUGUCUAUAAACAAUAAGAUUUGGUAAAAGCGAAGUCUCAUCCUUAUGAAAACGUAGUAAGCCAAGUUAGAAAGAAGCGCCAUGAUCUAGAGAAAGGUCUCUGUCACCAGUUACUAAGGCACAGCGCAGCCAUUCCCCUGAGAGUCAGAAGCUGGCCGGUGGCAUGCUGGUACUUAAGGGUGUCCUGGUGUCACUAACCCAUACUCCAGAUGGAGACAAGAAUUAUAAUUGCCACUGUUUUAAAACCAUAAGCUACCUAAGAAACCUGCGUCAGCCAAAGACCCAGCAAGGCUUUCUAUGAGUUGCCCAGUGAAGACUGGUUCUCCCAAAAUCAGCCCAUAAAAACAAUGUCAUUCCCACGAGAUUGGAUACUUUUUGGAAUUCUGCAGAUUUGGCGUUAUCUGGAGGAUGACAGGCUGAGGAUGUGAAGUAGUUCUGAAUGGCAGUGGUGAUGUGUGGCCGGUGACACUGAGGCGGCCACAGGCAGGUGUCUUAUCAGAGUUCUCAAAGGACUUGGACUCUUCUGCCAGUGUGAAUUCAGCUGCCAUGAGAGGUCAGGUCAGACAGACCUAGGCACAUAGAAAUUUAGUAUAUGAUUUCAAGUGCAGGGGAGGGAGAUGAAGUAUUUAAUAGUGCUUUGAGACAACUAGCUAUCUGUGAGACUUCUAUCUCGGUUUCAAAAACAAAAUAAAACCAAAAAACCCUAGGGCUAGAGGGGAAAAAAAAAAACAAAACAACAAAAUCAUCAUCAUCAUCACCAUCGUCAUCAUCAUCGUCAUCAUCAUCAUCAUCAUCAUCAGCCCACUAUGUACCUCUGACUGUGCUGGAACUCUCUAUGUAAACCACGCUGGCCUGGAAAUCACCAAGAUACUCACCCGCCUCUGCCUCCUAAAUGCUGGGACUAAAGGCUUGUACACCUGGAAAGAAAAAAUAUUUUUAUACCCGUUGUAGGAAAAAGGCUUUUCUAGACAUAACGUGAAACCGAAUACAUAAUGGGGGAAAGACAUACACACACACACACACACAAAGCUUGAGAGCAUGCUAUAGGAAACAGGUUAAAUCAAUACAGGUGCGUGGGUGGGAGAGCAUGUGUGUGAGUACCUUCAUUGCAGGAGAAAGUGUUUUGACUUCUCAGAGAACGGCACCAGGGUCUGUCCAGCAGUCACCCAAAGAUUCAGUAGUGACAGGGUUGAGUUCUUUUUUUUUUUUUUUCCGGAGCUGGGGACUGAACCUCUACUGCUGAGCUAAAUCCCCAGCCCCCAGGGUUGAGUUCUCUUGCAGGUCCUCCAGAGUUUUUGCUGCCAGGCUCAGACCACAUGGCUUCCUAUUCAUGUCUUGGUGACAGAAAUAAGGUGAAGCUUAGAGAGCACUUAUCAUAGAGUGGGGGUUGUGGAUAAGCUCCUCAGUGUGAGCAUAAACAUGGUAGAAAGCCUACGGAAACACUCGGACAGCAAGUGUUGUUUGCUGGUCUGUGGUUUGUAAUCAAAUGAUAGGGGACACUGUGAACCCCUAGGAACUUUGCAGAAUAAAGGAUAUUCUUUGGAGGUCAGAGAUGUGCAGUGACUUGUCAGUUAUUUGUCUGACAGGACAAAUAUUAAUCACAAGCACACACUUUCAUUGAGGGCGUCUUACAGUGUAUCUCUGACUAGCCCAGACUUGCCAUAGAGAGCCAGGCUGGCCUUGAACUUGUAAUCUUCCUGCUCCUGCUGCCCACAUUAGGCUCCCAGGUAUGCACACCAUGCCCUGCUGCCAUUUACAUAUUUAAGUUGUACUCAGAGCAGUGUUUUUUCAAAAGCCCAGUCAGCAGAGUUGCUUCUGGAAAGUGCAGGUUUCUGCCCUGUCCCAUACAGGCCUGUUUCUUCAGUCUGGGUGCUAAGGCAAUGUGUAGGGAGGGCCACAUGCUACUGGAUCAAGAAGUAAAAGCUUGCCGUGGAGCCCAGAAGGAAAAAAAGCCAACUUCUGCUCUGGGAGAGCAAGGGCCAAAGAAUUUCCUUUUUCUUUCCCUGAGGCAGGUAGCACAAGCUGGCCUCCAAUUUAUAGACAUUUCCCUGCCUCAGCCUCGCAAGUGCCAGGAUUACAAGUGCACGCCACCGCCACCGUGCCUGGCUCAUACUGUUCUCAGUACGCAGUGAGUGCAUACUAUUUUAAGAAAAGCAGCAGCUGUUGUCUACAGAGCUCAGGCAUUGAUGCCUUCCCAGCGAGAAGCUAACAGUCUUCAGUGGAUACAACAAAACAACCUCAAUCACCAGGAAGGGAAGGACUCCCUCAUCGAGAUACAUCCAGUUCCGUAAGGAAAGGACUGAGUGGGUAGCUGGAGGCACAGAGAGAAGGGCAGGCAGACGUGAGGGAGGCGCUUCAUCUUGCGGGGGAUCAGGCUCAGAUAGGGUCCGGGUCUGCCUUCCCCAGGGCGUGAAGAGAAGCAGGAAUUCAUGGACAGAGUAGCAUUUCUAACCUGAACUGGAACUGCUUAGUCUGCUGUCAUGCGGGUAAGGAGGUCCUUGUGAAGCCAGGCACUUACAGUACAGCUACUCUGGAGACAGAGGAGGGGUCUGUUGAGCCCAGGAGUUUAGAGCCAGCUUGAGUGACAUUGAGACUCCAUCUCAAACAAACAAAAAGUUACUAGCUGUCACGCACACAAAGAGGGAAAAAAAACUAUGUAGUGGAGGGGUGAGGCUUACAGUUCAACUAGAGGUCUCUGAAAUUUUUUGUUCUUAGCAAAAAUGUAUGUAAAGUUGAGCCUCACAUGGUGAGACAGGACAGAGAGACUGAUCUUCUGACAAACUAGUUCUGUUUAGGCCCAGUGGGAAGAAAAUUCAAAUUCUGAUGGUUGCCAGGAGCGGCUGGGUCUAUUUCUGCUCCUGACUUUGCAUCGCCCUGAUUAACUAGAAUAGUCUGCUCAUAAGAAGCCCAAGAAGGGCUCUUUCCACCAUCUUGGCGCAUUUGGAGGCCUGCUGGGAACAGGACUUCUAAAAAAACAAGUAUGUCUGGAAGGCUGUGGUGCAAGGCCAUUUUUGCUGGCUACAAGCGAGGCCUCAGGAACCAAAGAGAGCACACGGCUCUUCUUAAAAUUGAAGGUGUUUAUGCCCGAGAUGAAACUGAGUUCUACUUAGGCAAGAGGUGUGCUUAUGUGUACAAAGCAAAAAACAAUACAGUGACUCCUGGAGGCAAACCAAACAAAACCAGAGUGAUCUGGGGAAAAGUAACUUGGGCCCAUGGAAAUAGUGGCGUGGUUCGUGCCAAAUUCCGAAGCAACCUUCCUGCAAAGGCCAUUGGACACAGAAUCCGUGUAAUGCUGUACCCAUCCCGGAUUUAAACUAAUGGAGAGUAAAUAAAAGUAAAAAAAAAAAAAAAAAAAAAAAA